CUGCGUGGCGGUGACACCGGUCUUGAACGUGACACCGGUCUUGAACCGAGGUUGUGGUUGGCCCGUGGCGGCACGUGGUGGCACGCAGCCGCACAUAGCGGCCGCCGGGAUGUGCUUACGAUCUACGUGGCGGCGGCACGUAGCAGUCAGGGCCGGGUCUCAUGGGGUUUUUACCCCCGCGGUUUGAAUGGUGCUCACUAUUUACGUAGCGGCGGCAGAGCGAGAGGAAGAAGAGGGAGAGAGAAACAUCGCUCAGCUAUGGGGGCCGAUCCCGCAACCUUGGGCAUGUGUUCUGAUGGGGAAUCAAGGUAGCAACCUGUAGGUGCACAAGAGGAUGCCCAACCAACUGAGCCACACUGGCCAGGGCACUGACAGCUGUGUUCUUAAAAAGCAGACGGAAGCUCAGCCUCAACAAUGGAGCCUUGGCCUCUGGUCACCUGGAGAGUAAAGGAGAAAGAGAUAGAAACAUCAAUGAUGAGAGAAGCUCAAGCCCACAACCUCGGACAUAUGCCCUGACCAGGAAUUGAAUCUCAAUCUUCUGGUUCAUAAGUUGAUGCUCAACCACUGAGCCACACCAGCUGGGCAAGUUCUUCAAUUCUUCAAUAAAAUGACCCGAAGACCAUGUCAGCACAGACCUUCCUGUUGGGAGAAAGGAAGUGUAUGGUGUCUCGGGGACUUUUUAUGAAUGAAUCUGAAUUCUUUGGGAGAACAAUUGGUGUCAAUUUGACCAAACCAGUGAUGGGGAUUAAGGAAGGCUCUUCCAGACCAGGGAGAGGCCCUGCCAAAGAGGCCUUGUCAAACCCUCAGGUGUCCAUGGACAUCAAGACUGGGAGCAAGCCAACCAGCCGCAUCCAGACACUCUUGCGCUCAGACGUUGUUUCCAUGACAACAGGCCUGCUCUCCAUGGCCAACUCCGGCCCGAACACCAACGGCUCCCAGUUCUUCCUGACGUGUGACAAGACGGCGCAGGGUAGCAAGGACGGGAAGCCGAAGGAGAAGGUGAUCAUCUCUGACUGUGGGGAGUACGUGUGA